AAACAUGCCAAAGAGCUUGCUGGCUUAAAGAACGGUGGUAACUGGGAUGAUAGCAUUCAGUCAAAGGAAAAAGUUGAAGCGAAAUUGCUGAGCAAGUACGAGGCAACUAUGAGAAGGGAAAGAGCAUUGGCUUAUGCAUACUCUCAUCAGCAAAACUGGAAGAACAAUUCUAAAUCCGGAAACCCGAUGUUCAUGGAUCCGAGCAAUCCGACAUGGGGCUGGAGCUGGUUAGAGAGAUGGAUGGCUGGUCGGCCAUUAGAAGAACCAAACAAUGACAAUGCCGCUUCAGUCAAGAACUCAACUCAACCAAAGACACCAUCAUCCGCGAGAGGUGGUGGUACUCCAAGAAACAAGAACAGUUUCUUCUCUCCUCCAACUCCCUCAAGGCUAAACCAUUCCUCCAGAAAAUCUAAAGACGAGGACGACGCCAAGAGCACAAUCUCGGUCCUAUCCGAGAGGAACCGUAGACACAGCAUCGGUGGUUCAUCAGUAAGAGACGACGAGAGCCUUGCUGGCUCACAGGCUCUCCCAAGCUAUAUGGUACCAACUAAAUCAGCUAGAGCCAGGGUCAACAAGCAGCAGAGCCCACCAUCAAGUGGUAGCACCACACAGCAGGAGAGCGAUGGCGGCUUUGGAGACAAGGCAUCGGCUAAGAAACGCCUCUCUUAUCCGAGUUCACCUGCAUUGCCUAAACCAAGACGGUUCUCAGCUCCGCCUAAGGUGGAAGUCGGCGUGACCAAUGGAGUAUAGGAAGCUGUGGGUAUUUACUGUUACUGUCAUAUAUUUAUUACCAUUUUAUUGAUCUGUCCGAGAUGAGUUGUGUCAUGUUUGUUAUGUGUUCCACCUCUCCCCCUUGUGCAGCAGUGUAAACGCCUGUCAUUUAUUUAUUUAAUUUAAAAAAAUUAUUAUUCGAACAACGUUAAAUUCAAGCUUUUUGUUUGUUUCUUUGAAUACUGAAGAGAUUUAUUUAUAUUGGAAUCCCUCCUACUUUA